AUGAGGGUGAAAGAAAAUCAACAGGGCGUGGGAUCAUCGCCGGAGGAGAUGGAUUCACGGACGUAUUCUACAAGUCCGGUGGCCGGACGGCGGAGCAAUUGUUGUCAUCAUAGGUGGAGGAAUUGUUACGGUACGGAGAAGAGCAAGAUUGGAGGAGGGUUGUAUUUGCCGAUGCAUAAUCAAAUCCUGAGGAUCAGAGAUGAAGAUUCCCACUUGGGAGAGGACAUGAUUUAUCAAGUCCUGAAUUUGUUUGAUGCUGCUAAUGAAUUCAACUUUAAUCACAAAGGGUUGUCCACAAAAGUCGUGGUGAUGUCGAUGUCCUCGUCAAAGCCAAUUUUGCCGGCUUCGCCACUCGGCGGUGGAACUGGAAGGACGAUUGCCAACAACAAAUUUGCCGAUUAG